AUGUUCAGUGUAAACACUGAUAGCUGCUCCAGAUGCAUAUAAGGUCCCUCUAGCAUGUGUUUGUGGAAUAACUUACUAGUUGCAAGUGUAGAAAGAGGCGAACUCACGGGAUUUUGACAAUGUGUUGUGGUUGACGACCCUCAGCAUCUCUACGCCCUCUGAGAGAUACAAUUCCUCCCGAUACCAGCCUCCGACAGAGGAACUCUUCUGCACGAUGGGCCUGGCUUUCCCAGCGUCGUGUUUUCUGCUGUCUGUUUUACCAGCUUGCUGGGCCGGCAUGGACCAGACAUCCUCCAGCUUCGCGUCCCGCGGUCCAUGGGUGCAAGUCCAGCGGUUCCUGGUGCCCCGCUACGUGGCACUGGGUGUCAAUGUGACGCUGGAGUGUGACUAUGUGGUACAGCAGCACGCUACACUCUACUCCCUCAAAUGGUACAAGGGUAACUCCCAGUUCUACCAGUACAUCCCAUCAUUGCCACAACAACACGCUGCCUUCUCAGUAAGAGGCCUAGACCAGGGCCAGGUGGUAGAGGGGCGGGAGGGCCGUCGUCUAGACGUGCUAGGAGUAACUCUAGCCGCGUCUGACGUGUACAGAUGUGAGCUGGUAGCUGAGGGGCCACCCUUCCACACCACGCAACGCUCAGCCAACAUGACAGUAGUAGUGGUCCCCAAGGAGCCACCAGUCAUCUCCGGGAGUCGUGAAUACUACCAACAAAACGACCACGUUUCUCUAAAUUGCACCUCCCCCCUGGCCCGACCCGCCCUCACCCUCACCUGGAACAUUAAUGGUCAUCAGGUGUUGCCAAGCAGCGUCAAGACGGUAGAACACCUCACCAAUCCAGCAGGGUUAGAGAAGCUGACAACCCAUCUCAGUCUAAGGGUGACCCAAGAUUACUUUCAAGAUGGGGUGAUGAGCAUCGCUUGUGUGGGUCGCCUGGCUGACCUCUAUUUAAAGUCAGCCGAGGUCAUCAUACGGGAGCCUUCCAGCCGAUGGUUCACUCCUACCAACCUCUACCAUACCUCAGGUUCAGCUGAGGUGAGCUCAACAUGGACCAUGAGGGUCAUACCAGGAGUCUUGCUUCUCCUCUUAAUUAAUUUCCUGCCAUAGAUGAACACAUCCCAGCGCACUCUGACCCCAGUCGAACACGGCACAAUUAAACUCUGACUUCAGCGCGCGCUGACUUCAGCAAUUACCCUACGACUCCUGACCCCAGUAACUGCAGCAAUCACUUCAUUCAGCACGCAAUGACUGCAGCGCACAUUCCAGCAGAAGUCACUCACUUCCUGGAACACCAUCUCUUACUCACGACGUCAGUGUGUGGCAUCCAAGGGGAGAUUCCCCCCCUCUCUCUCUCUCUCACUCUCUUUCAGUGCCUCCGAAACACUGCGUCCAUCCAGCAUGACGCUUUGCGACGUACUGGUACUCAGUGAAUCUCUUCGAACUAAACUUUGGCUUCACUGUAAACUUUCGUGACAAUGAAGACAGUUAGAAAUCACUGUGUUACAUAAUAACAAUUCUUGAACAAAGAAAACAAACUUGAAAGAAGAGCCACUGUGUUUACAAAUCUUGAACGUCUUUGAGGCCAUCUUAGUCUAAGUGCUCCGGGUCUAUUAAGAUCAAUGGAAGUUAUUUGCUUCUAUGGGUCCUUUCAAGUAACUGGAGGUAAUUAUAAAUAUAAUUGAUGUAAUUGUUGGUCCUCUUGAGCACUGGAGGUGGAACCAUUCCUACAUUAUUUUCUGUGCAAUUUAAAUUUGGAAAUUUCGAGAAAAAACACAUUCCUCUUGGUCUUACUGGAUUAUUUCGCGUCUCAAUGGAAUAUUAUACAUAAUUUUGUUUGUGCACUGACUUUCUAAACUCUUUCUCUCUAUCUAUCUCUGUCUUAAUUAAUAAAAGACCCGUAGACAGAGGAACACGUUUAUUUAAAAAAGAGAUGUUUCGCUCAGUAAGAGGUUUAUCAUGCUGACGGUAACGUGUUAAAACUCACUGAACGAAACAUCGUGGUUUAAGUCAACGUUUACCCUGUCUAGAUAUCUUUAAUUUUCUCUCUAAUGGAUAUAAAUGGUAUAAAAUACCUACACGAUGGAAAAAUAAGCACAAGUGCAGUAUAAUGCUACCAUUUAUUAACAACGUUUCGCCUACAUAGUGGAUUUUAUCAAGUCACAAGUGGGCGAAACGAAGUCAAUAAAGAAUCGCAUUACGCUGCAUUUGCGUCUAUUUUCUGUCGAUAAUGGGUUACUUCUUAUUAUCAUUAUCAAAGCUAAACGCUAAACCACCGGGGUUUAACGCUGCUCAAACCCGUAAAGCUGAAUUUAAACCGCUAUAGUUCAACCUAAACCGUGUUCCCAUCAUUAUAGUUUUUUCUCUGACUACCAAAGAAAUCAUUCAUGUCAUCUCAGCCACGCGUCACAUCUGACUAUUUUUAAUUAAUCGUGCCCAUUUCAGCUUAAUAGAAUUCUGACGGUCAACGAAUCUCAUUGACCUGAGCAAUCCUUGGUGAUCACGGCUGAUCCGGGAUCUCUUUGAAGCGUCUUAAACGGUGCAUCGUAAAGCUAGCUAAAGCUAGUCAUUUGGGAAACCAAUUCUCGGAAUAGUUGGAAUCUCCGCCCUCGAAGCUUGGUGAAGGCUUUACCUUGAAGCUUGUGAUUGAGAAGAGGUCACACGGUGGUACAGCUACUGGGUCAUACAGGGUCAUCUCGGGGUCAUUCCAAACUCGCUGUUUAGAAAAGUAACUUAAGGAAACUUUUCAGCCUCUCCCGGACCUUCUUCGAAUCAAUCAUGACUUGAUAAUCGUCUAGGAGGGAACGAAAAGGCAUCUGAAGCUUAUUCUGUAAAUUGUAAAUGUGUUGUGAUUUGUUCCAGCCAUCGUAUUGUGACGUUCCUUCUGUCCAUUACAUUUAACCUGAAGGUAAGAAAGGGAAGAGAUGUCGAGUCAGCUGAUUUACGAAAACAAACCCGCGUCAGGAAACACUUGUCCUGUUCCCUGACAGAUCCUUCCUAACCUAACCUAAGCCAGCUUAUUGUAGAUGCCAGCUUACCCGGGGAGGAAGUCAAUUCACUAGUAAAACCAGUUCCAUGUCUUCGGGAAGUCAGGUCAGGUAAUAAA